AUGGCAAGGAAAAAGGUUAAACGCGUCAAAAUAGCCCAAGAGAGUACAAGAAACAAUAUCCUAAAAAAUAGGACAGAAGGUUUAGUCAAGAAAGCGAGCCAGCUUUCUAUCUUGUCUGGUUCUGAUAUAGGAAUAGUUAUUCAUAAACCAGGACAAAACAAUACCACCCUAUGGCCAUCUCCAGAUGAUUUUAGAGCAAGGCUUAACACAUUUUCUGAAUUUUCAGAGAUGGAAAGAGAGAAGAAAAUGGUUAUGCAUGACAAAUACUUGGUAAAGAAAGUUGAAGAAGAGACAGAAAAACUAAGAAACAUACAAAUAAGGAAUGAUCACAGAGAGUACGAAACUUUGAUGAAUGGUCUUAUUGAAGGUAAAAGCAUUGAUGAACUUGACUUGAAUCAAAUAAAUGUGUUCUGCUCAAUAGCGGCAGAAAAGCUGAAAGAGCUCCAGACUUGGGAAGAACUUAAUGAGAAGGAUGGGCCAAUUUCGAGUCUGCUGGCUCCUCCGCUCCCCCCAGUAGCAAUUGACCAGGCCAUUCAAGCUCAAGUCACUGGGGAGAUUGCAGAAACUGCCCAUCCAACACUGAUAGAGAAUUUGAAGACAGAUGCAUGGUUCAUCGAAACCAUGUUUGAUAACCAAAUCAAUCGUGAUUCUCCGGAGAGUCAGUAG